AUGGACCGCAGCGAUUGUCUAGGCCUCAUCUCACAGGCCCUCCUCUAUGGCAAGCGCCCUCCCGAAGGCUUCGCCCUAAUCAGCGCGUCCCGGAGCCGACCCAGUCACUUAGGCUGCGCCCACCAGGCUUUCCGGAUCCGACGCGCGUGGGCUCCUGGCUCCCGGCCCCCAGCGGGGAGGUCGCGGCCGCGCGCCGGGAGGCUUGUCCCUGAGGCCGCUCCCUUCCCACCCCCAGCCCCAGCUCCGUGGCGUCCACCGCGUGCCUCCACGGGAAGUCGCUACCUGUGCCUUCAGCGCGGAAGGAGAACCGACGCCUCUCCUAGCUGGGCGGGCACCGCCUACACCACCGCUGUCGCCGCGUGCACGCUCGGGCCAGCUGUCUCCCACCCCGCGGCCAUUGCGGCUCCUCCCGCCGUAGGCAGCGCUCCGGGAUAUGCUCCCAGCCGCUGGCUGCAUUCACUCCACUUCCUGCCCGUCCAGAUCGCACUGCGCCGCCAGGCCCGCCACGUACCGCAAACUGGGUGUCCUAAAACGACAUCCGCCUGUUAUCUCAAGGCUUCUGUGGGCCAGAAGGCCAGGCUUGGCUGGGUCCUCAGCUCAGAACUGUCACUUCAGAGAGCUGUGCGGAGGAAGUCGUCCUGGAGACGACCUGUUGAGAGGCCACUUUCACUCCGGAGAGUCUCUGUGGCUCCCCCUGGUGGCUGUGCUGUUCAGCGGCGCCUCCUUCCUGUAGCUGGGCUGUCUGCCCUGGUGCCCAUGGACCCAGCUGAACCCUUUGCCAUUGAAGGACAUCUGGGCUGCUUCCCAGGUUUUGGCUAAAACAAGUAAAGCUGCUAUGAGCACUCAUGAGCA